CUUCGACCUGAACGUCUGUCGCGUUUCGGAGUCCAUUAGCUUUCACCGAUCCCCUUCACUUCUCAGCACUCAAGUACUUUUGCGCGACGGGACUUGUUCCCUCUACGUACUCAACUCGAAGUAACCGACGCGAAAUCUCUCCAACCUGCCACAUUCACAUUCUAGCCGCAUACAGCUUCCGAAGCUCCGCAGUGAUGGCUCCCCGGGGGCCCGCGAAAGCUCGCGACUACGACUACGCCAACGUUGGGAAAGCCGGAAGGCGCACAGGCAUAAUCUUGAAAGAAGGGAGGCGUGAUGAAUUCGGCAUGGAAGAAGUCGAUGGCAUCUUCUCCUCUCCUGAAAAUUCUCCGGUGAGAGAGAACGGGUUCGGCACCCGAAACGAAGCCUCGAUCGGCUCAGAUGGCAUGUCCAUGGACGAGGGAAAUGGGCCUGGCCCUGCAGAUUUCUUGAACGGCAGACGUGGCUCUUAUUUUCCUCCUCCUGUCGCACGAUCCCCUAUGAAAACUGGGCUCACGGGCUCCCCACGGCGAACACCUGGUCUGCGAUCUUCCCAGAGUCCACAGCGCAACCACCCCUCUUCCAGUCCUUCCGAUGGGAAAGGACUGGGGAUCGCUAAGGGCGAGCCACGGCGCGAUGUAUCCCCGCUCACUAACCGUUCCGUGAACGCGACGCCGUCUAUGAACCAUCUACACAACGCGCGCGUUAGCAAGAAAACUGAUAUUGUUGCCCAAAAGCUUACGGAUGUGGGCUACUCCGACACUGAUGCAAGCGUUCAGUCGAGUGGGGACGAGAAUGCCCAUGCUCUGGGACAGGAACGUGAUCAGGCGGUGGAUAAUAUUCAUGCCGACGAUGACGCCCUGAUGCAGGAGCAAACAGGCUACUUGAGUUCGGAUGGGGCAAAUCCCGAGUCUCCAUUCAUUGUCGCCUCCAAUGCACGCGGGAGACGUCAGUCAAAGGAUCCCUUGAUGACACAUGGGAAUGGCAUAAGAAAGAAUCUGCAUACUUCGACUCUCUCUGAUACAGUACAACUAGAUGUCACACAAAAGCGCAAACGCCCAGGCAGGCCUCCAAAGACACAGCGCAAGAAUAUUUAUGAUACAGAGGAACAGAGAUCAACGAAGAAACCUAGAGUAAUGGAUCAGACUGAUCGAACGUCAAGUUCACCUGACGACGCCCAGUUGGAUAGAGUGGUGGAAAACUAUAUCAACCGCACAGGACCACUGAAAGGCCGGGGCUUGUAUGUACUGAAGCGCGAAGCCCCUUCAGACGACACUACCACGCACACCCGAUCGGGCCGUGUCUCGGUAAGGCCUCUCGCUUACUGGAGAAACGAGCGAUGCGUCUAUGGCGAUGGCGAGGCUGUAGAAGGCCAGAGAUUUCCAUUGUCAACCAUCAAGGAGAUCAUCCGCACAGAAGAGCUUGAGCCAGAGAAGCCACGAUCGAGCAAACGCCGCCCCUCAAAGAAGUCUCGAGCUCGAGAUGACGACUCUGAUGAAGAUGCAGCUUUUUUUGACCCCUGGGAAAAAAAAGGUGGAAUUUUGCAUGGUUAUGUCAGAAAGUGGGAUCCGGAAACUCAGACGGCAGGGGAGCCAGACAUCGUUGACCUCGCAUAUGCCCCCUCUGGAAUGGAGACCAAAAGCGUUAAGGACUCGUCGUGGCGGUUCGCUAAACUCAUCAGCUCCCCCUUCAUGGGGUCCGGUAUCGUUGAGUUGCCGCCUGGCGGAGUGAAAAAGCCCAAGAACUCAAAAAAGAUGCAUAUGGUAUUCUACAUCUGCAAUGGACGCGUGCAAGUGGAUGUGUCAGGGGUUCGCUUCAGCGCGGGCAAGGGCUGUGUAUUCCAAGUUCCCAGAGGCAACUAUUACAGCUUCGCCAAUACGCACAAUAAGGAUGCGCGCUUAUUCUUCACACAGGGCUGUCUUCCUGAGAAUGAUGACUCUGCUCCUGGCUCUGCGACAAAAGCUGGUAUCAUGGAAGCAGAUUCUAGCACGCCAACAGGGCGCCCCACGACUAUGGGGAAAGGUAGGCCCAGGGGCAAGCAGAAAAAUGGGCCUGGUCGCAUAGCGACAUAAGUGCCCGUGUGUGCUAAGGGCACUAUCCUUACAGCUGUCUAGGUUCUCUUUCUUCACUCUCUCGAUGAUCUGUACAACUUUCUACUCGCCUUCCCAUUGGAGUGGUGGCUUCUGAAUUAGCGAAUGUGUCACGCAAUUGCUGGGAUGAUAAGGAUGUAUUUCGUCAUUGUUUCUCUCCAUUCUCCUUAGUGCCGCGGCGUGAGAGCCCGGAGGUUCUUGUUCCGACUACAAGCUUUAUUGGAAUAUUGUGGUUAAUCUACUAGUUAGUGCAGAUUUGUAUUGCAAUAUG